CGCGUUCGCAGUCCCAGAGCCCGCGCCGCGGGGAGCCCGGGCAGCCGCUGGCGGAGGCGGCGCGGCGGGCGCUGAGACCCGAGAGACAUCUAUCAUCCUGUUUUUCCAGAAGAAAAGGCAGAAUUGGAGUAAAAGAAGUGACUUGACCAAGUUACCGAAUUAUACAGAAGCAGAAGCUGGGAUCAGGAUCCCAACUGGUGCCACAUUUCCUUUCCAUCUGCUGGAAUAACAAUAAAAGUGUCUCUUGUUUACAGAAAGAUGGAUCAUUUAAACCAUUGGAGGACUCAGUUAUCACAAUGCUUCUGUGCUACCAGCUAAGAUUUAUGACAGUGAAUUCAUGACAAAUUUCCAUGUUACAGAACGGAAGAACUAAAAGGAUACUCUCUCAUAAAAAUAGUCUUGUAGUAUCUUAUUACUAAACAAAAUUUAAAAGCACAGUUGUUAAAUUAUUAGAUUUGCUAGUAAUUAGACAAGCACACAUGCAGCAACUACUGUAUACUGAUAGUUACUGAACUUCAAAUUUAGAUGAUUUCUCUUUGUGAGAGAAGUUGUUUGCAAAGAAAGCAUUGAACAUUGUCACUAAAUAUAUUUUCAGCGAAGUGUCAUUUAGAAAAUUUGUCUUGAAAUAAGUUCUGAAAAGUCCAAAGCCCCACUGCUAAGUGGAUUUGAUAUUAUGGCAGCAACUUACAGACUUGUGGUUAGUACUGUGAACCACUAUAGCAGUGUGCUAAUAGACCGGCGUUUUGAGCAAGCUAUACAUUAUUGCACUGGAACAUGCCACACCUUCUCACAUGGAGUUGACUGCAUCGUGGUUCAUCACAGUGUUUGCGCGGAUCUCUUGCACAUCCCAGUGUCUCAUUUCAAAGAUGUGGAUCUGAACUCUGUGUUUCUACCCCACGAGAAUGGGCUUUCCGCAGCUGAAGGUGACUAUACCCAUCAGACCCUCACAGGCAUCUCCAGGGUCAGGAGAGGAUCUGCAUUUCAGAAUUCCUGUAACUUAAAGGACAUUGCAGGAGAAGCAAUCAGUUUUGCCAGUGGGAAAAUAAAGGAAUUUUCCCUUGAAAAACUCAAAAACUCUAACCAUGCAGCUUAUAAAAAAGGAAGGAAAGUCAAGUCUGACUCAUUUAAUAGGAGGUCAGUUGAUUUUGACCUGCUCUGUGGCCAUUACAGCAGCGAUGGGACCUCCCCGUCCUUUGGUUUACUCCGAAGUUCCUCAGUUGAGGAAAAGUCUUUGUCCCACAGAAACUCACUUGAUACAAACCUGACUUCCAUGCUUCUUCACAACUUCUCGGAAGAAGACCUAGUUACUCAUAUUUUAGAAAAACAUAAAAUCGAUAAUUUUUCCUCUGGGACAGACAUAAAGAUGUGCUUGGACAUCUUGCUGAAAUGCUCUGAGGAUUUGAAAAAAUGCACAGAUAUCAUAAAACAGUGCAUUAAGAAAAAGUCAGGAGGUGGCAUCAAUGAAGGAAGUAGUAAUGAUGCAAUAUCUAGCUCUGAAACUGUCUAUAUGAAUGUAAUGACCAGGUUAGCAUCCUAUCUGAAAAAGUUACCGUUUGAGUUCAUGCAGUCUGGAAACAAUGAGGCUAUAGAUUUAACAGAACUGGUCAGUAAUAUGCCUAGCUUACAGCUGACUCCCUUCUCCCCAAUAUUUGGCACUGAACAGCCCCCUAAGUAUGAAGAUGUUGUCCAGCUCUCAGCCCCUGAUUCUGGACAGUUUCAGACUAGUGAAUUACAAGAUGACAAGCAUAAUUCUAGAAAAAUGGACACCAUCAAAUCCAUCCCCAACAACUCCACAAAUUCCUUAUAUAACUUAGAAAUAAAAACUGCCCAACUUCAGUCACCGUCAUUAACCAUGAACUCUUUGGAAAACGUUGCAUCUGGUGACUUAAUGGAAACUCUUUACAUUGAAGAAGAGUCAGAUGGAAGGAAAGCAUUAGAUAAAGGACAAAGGACAGAGAAUGGACCCAGUCAGGAGUUGUUAAAGGUAAAAGAACAUAAAGCAGAAUUUUCAGACCGUGGUACUCAUCUUAAAAACUGCCCUGCCUCAACACAAAAUGAAACUGGCAAGGCAUUUGAAAAGCCAGGUGUUCAUCUAGCCGACGAAGACCCUAAAUUAAAAGUUGCUAAAGUUGAAGCGGGAGACAAGGGGGAUUAUGUGAACCCUAACAGCCAGGAAGAGAUAGAUAAAUUAUUAAUGGAUUUGGAAUCGUUUUCACAGAAGAUGGAGACCUCUUUAAGACAGCCACUUGCUAAUGGUAAAAACUUGGAUUCUCUGAACAGUCCUGGUCAGAUGGCUGCUCAGAUCCCUGCAGAUCUUGAGCCUAAAUCUAAAGACUCUUCACCUGCAGAAAAAGUCUCACCUUCCUGUCUGACAAAGAUUAUUGAAACCAACGGACACAAAAUAGAGGAAGAGGAUAGAGCACUCUUACUGAGAAUUCUGGAAAGCAUUGAAGACUUUGCUCAAGAACUAGUCGAGUGCAAAUCAAGCAGAGGAAGUCUAUCCCAAGAAAAGGAAAUGAUGCAGAUUCUACAGGAAACCUUGACAAGUUCCUCCCAGGCCAAUGUGUCGGUCGGUAGAAGUGCUGUUGGUGAUAAAGCCAAAGAUACUACUUCAGUGGUGUUGAUUCAGCAGACCCCCGAAGUGAUCAAGAUUCAAAAUAAACCAGAAAAGAAACCUGGAACCCCACUUCCACCUCCAGCCACCUUUGCAAGUAGUCCGCGACCUGUCUCCCCUGCUCCUCACGUGAACAAUGUUGUGAGUGCACCAUUGUCCAUAAACAUUCCACGGUUCUACUUUCCCGAAGGACUCCCAGACACCUGUAGUAACCAUGAACAGACUCUCAGCAGAAUUGAAGCUGCAUUUAUGGAUAUUGAAGAUCAGAAAGCAGAUAUCUAUGAAAUGGGGAAAAUUGCAAAGGUCUGUGGCUGUCCUCUGUACUGGAAAGCGCCCAUGUUCAGGGCUGCAGGGGGAGAGAAGACAGGGUUUGUGUCAGCACAGUCCUUCAUUACCAUGUGGAGAAGGUUGCUGAAUAACCAUCACGAUGACGCAUCUAAGUUCAUCAGCCUUCUGGCAAAGCCAAGCUGCAGCUCUCUGGAACAGGAGGAUUUCAUCCCUUUACUUCAGGAUGUGGUAGAUACACAUCCUGGCCUUACGUUCCUGAAAGAUGCUCCAGAAUUCCACUCCCGCUACAUCACCACGGUUAUUCAGAGAAUAUUCUACACAGUCAACAGAUCUUGGAGUGGAAAAAUUACUUCAACAGAGAUAAGAAAAAGCAACUUUUUGCAAACUCUAGCCCUUUUGGAAGAAGAGGAAGAUAUAAACCAAAUCACAGAUUACUUCUCCUAUGAACAUUUCUAUGUUAUUUAUUGUAAAUUCUGGGAAUUAGAUAGUGAUCAUGACCUCUACAUCAGCCAGGCCGAUCUAUCUCGAUACAAUGACCAGGCUUCCUCAAACAGAAUUAUUGAAAGGAUAUUCUCUGGUGCAGUAACAAGGGGAAAAACAGUACAGAAGGAAGGAAGAAUGAGCUAUGCUGAUUUUGUUUGGUUUUUGAUCUCUGAGGAAGACAAAAGGAACCCCACCAGCAUCGAGUACUGGUUCCGCUGCAUGGAUGUGGAUGGAGACGGGGUACUUUCCAUGUACGAGCUGGAGUACUUCUACGAAGAGCAGUGUGAACGCAUGGAAGCCAUGGGCAUCGAGCCUUUGCCCUUCCAUGACUUGCUGUGCCAGAUGCUUGACCUGGUGAAGCCAGCCAGUGAUGGCAAAAUAACUCUGCGAGAUCUGAAGAGAUGCCGGAUGGCUCACAUCUUCUAUGACACUUUCUUUAACCUGGAGAAAUACUUAGACCAUGAACAGAGAGAUCCCUUUGCGGUCCAGAAGGACGCGGAGAACGACGGGCCUGAGCCCUCCGACUGGGACAGGUUUGCUGCUGAGGAGUACGAGGCUCUGGUUGCCGAGGAGUCUGCCCAAGCGCAGUUCCAAGAAGGCUCCUUUGAAGAUUAUGAAACAGAUGAACCUGCCUCUCCAUCUGAUUUUGGAAACAAAGGCAAUAAAAUAACCUCAAGCCUUUCAGAGAAAUGUGGAAAGCUACAGUCAGUGGAUGAAGAGUAGCUGCCAAUAUCUACAUAAAUGGAAGAUGUGUAUUUUAAGUAUUUUUUCCUAGUGGAUUCUCUAUUUGCAUACUGCUUUUGAAAGGCUUGGAGAAUGCACAUCUGCACUAGGAACUUUCAAACGUUUUUAAGCAGUAAAUCUAGAUGCACACUCAACUUAGGAGGCUCCUCUAGUUUGCCUCAAACCUCUUGCAGAGCUUUUCCUUGGAAGCAAGUAUCACAUACUGUCACCUUCCAAAGUCUGCGGAUCAGCACUCUACACCCCUGAAUGUACCAAGAUCUCUUAGGGACAGUGCCAACCACAGAAGUUGCCUCGUGUUGGCCAGCAUCCCUGAGGCCCCUCGGGGCUCCUAUGGAGCCUAGAAGAUACCUUCAUUUGCAGAAAACUUGAGUCAGAAUAUUCUGGAACUUGAAAACUUAAGGGCCUCCAGAAUUGAAUCAGCCCUAGUAAUGAAAGCACUGCCAAAACAUCUCAGAGACCUCUUCUAAUUAUGUAUACUGGAGUUCAGAGAUCUUGAACUUAACCUGGUAUAAUGUAAUUUUACAAUGACCUGCCAAACUGCUAGUCACUUUACAUCCUCAGGUAUUGUAACCACUGGGCCUUCCAACUGGCUGACAAGCUCUGCCCCUCCCCAACCUAACUCUGCAUCUUAUAUAAAAUCUCAAAACUUCUCAAAUGAAGACAGUACAGAAUUUGACUCAUACUUGAAGAAAAAAAAAGUGCUUUGAAUUGAACAUUUGUAGAGAACUAUUGAAUGAUUUGUUACUCUCCAAAUCCAUUGAUGCCCCAUCUAUACUUCCUAUCAGAAGGCCUACUUCAAGACUUACUGCGAUAAUGAAAUACUUUUUUAUGAAAAGUUC